GCGGGCCCGGCUGGGCCCGGCGGCGCCGCCAUGUACGCGGGGCUGCAGGAGCUGGGGGUGGCCAACGGCGAGGACCUCAAGGAGACGCUGACCAACUGCACGGAGCCGCUGAAGGCCAUCGAGCAGUUCCAGACGGAAAAUGGAGUCCUGCUGCCCUCCCUGCAGUCGGCCCUGCCCUUCCUGGACCUGCACGGCACCCCCAGACUCGAGUUUCACCAGUCGGUGUUCGAUGAGCUGAGGGAGAAGCUGCUGGAGAGGGUCUCGGCCAUUGCUUUGGAAGGGAAAGUUGAGGAAAGAUACAAGAAGCUGGAAGAUCUCCUAGAGAAGAGUUUUUCCCUGGUCAAGAUGCCUUCCAUACAGCCUGUAGUAAUGUGUGUCAUGAAGCAUUUGCCCAAGGUCCCUGAAAAGAAGCUGAAGUUAGUAAUGGCAGACAAGGAUUUGUAUAAAGCAUGUGCCGUGGAGGUAAAACGCCAGAUCUGGCAGGAUAACCAAGCCCUCUUUGGUGAUGAAGUAUCUCCGCUGCUGAAGCAAUACAUUCUGGAGAAAGAAAAUAUUCUCUUCAGCAAUGAUAUUUCUGUCUUGCACAACUUUUUCAGCCCAUCUCCCAAAACAAGACGUCAAGGAGAGGUGGUUCAGAAGCUGACCCAGAUGAUUGGGAAGAAUGUGAAGCUCUACGAUAUGGUGUUACAGUUUCUGAGAACUUUGUUCCUUCGGACAAGGAAUGUUCAUUACUGCACACUAAGAGCAGAGCUCCUGAUGUCGCUGCAUGACCUGGAUAUCAGUGAAAUCUGCACCGUUGACCCAUGUCAUAAGUUCACCUGGUGCCUUGAUGCCUGCAUUCGUGAGAAGUUUGUGGACAACAAGAGAGCUCGUGAGUUGCAAGGGUUUCUGGACGGAGUGAAGAAAGGACAGGAACAAGUAUUGGGGGACUUAUCUAUGAUCUUGUGUGAUCCCUUUGCCAUUAACACCUUAGCCUUGAGUACCAUAAGGCACCUACAAGACCUGGUUGGGCAGGACACCUUACCCAGGGAAAGCCCAGAUCUGCUGCUGCUCCUUAGGAUGCUGUCUCUAGGACAAGGUGCUUGGGACAUGAUUGACAGCCAAGUCUUCAAGGAACCAAAAAUGGAAGCUGAGUUGAUCACGAAGUUCUUGCCUAUGUUGAUGUCUUUUGUGGUGGACGACCACACGUUCAAUGUAGAUCAGAAACUGCCUUCAGAAGAGAAGGGGCCAAUUCCCUACCCCAGCGCGAUCCCUGAAGCUUUCACCAAAUUCUUGCAGGAGAACAGAAUAGCUUGUGAGAUUGGGCUAUAUUACAUCCUUCACAUCACUAAACAGAGGAACAAGAAUGCUUUCCUUAGACUUCUGCCGGCACUGGUUGAGACGUUCAGUGACUUGGCCUUCAGUGAUAUUUUUCUGCAUUUGCUCACUGGUAACCUCACACUGCUGGGUGAUGAAUUUGCAAUUGAGGAGUUCUGCACCAGUCUCUUUGAUGGCUUUUUUCUCACUGCAUGCUCAAGAAAGGAGAAUGUACAUAGACAUGUCCUAAGACUGCUGCUUCAUCUCCAUCAUAAAGUGGCUCCUGCCAAGUUAGAGUCUCUCCAGAAGGCUUUGGAACCCACCAAGCAGAGUGGAGAAGCUGUGAAGGAGCUUUAUAACCAGCUCACUGAGAAACUGGAGCUUCGCAAGCCUAGUCCAGCUGAAGUGACUGAGACUCCCUCCAUGGAACUGCCCUUGCCCACUGUUCCUACACCAGCCUCACGCUGAGCUCUGGCUGUAGUGCAAGAGUGAGACAGAAGAACUAACCUAGUGCCCUGCAUCUUGAAGGCAUUGCAUGCCUUGUCAAGCGUCUCUGCCUACAGGGUGGAAACUUAAAAAAAAAAAAAAAAAAAAAAAAAAAGCCACUGAGGCUCUCUCAGACACUUCAGAUUGCCCUGCUCACUGGCUCUGGCCAGAUAGAAAACUUUGUAUGCAGUGCAUUGCAAAGGUUUACUUUUCUUAAAGAUAGCUGAGUGUCUUCUUGUAGAUCCACUUAAAUCUGACUGUACGUUUCUUUUUCCGAAAAGAAAAGACAUAUUUUUAA